AUGGGUCAAAUUUUGUCGAUUUGCCAAAAGGAACCUAAAAAACCAGGCGUAGAGGUUCAGCAACCCUCGAGAUUAGAGAAACCAAUACAUAGCCAUGUGCAAAAACCACCUAGAGCUAUAACGAAUUCUGGAAGUAAAUUAGCAGAAUCACCCGUUGUCUCUAAUACUGCUGAUUUACCACCUGCCGAGGCUGCUAGGUUAGCAGCAGAAAAAAGAAGUGAAAUCCACAAAGAAAAAACGAAAACACGCCUUCCUAAGACUACGUUUUAUUAG